AUGUUCAAGCCGGAGGAAUUCGAGGAGAUCGAGGCCACGGCCAAGGCGGACGCCCGUUUCAUUGCCGCGUGCCAGCGCCGGGGCAUUGACGUGGACGCCGUCUGCGUGGAUCCCUGGUCGGCCGGCGUCUUCGGCAUCAAAGAGGAGGAGGGUCUCCACAUAAGCCACGGCUUCUGCUACCUGAAAACCACCGCAGCCGACAACUCCUACGCCCACCCCAUCGAAGGCCUGCACCCCGUCGUGGACGUCAAAGCGAUGACCGUCCUGCGCGUGGACGACCGCGGCGAUGUCCCAGUGCCCGCCCCCUGCCACAAUUUCGACAGGGAUUUCCUCCCGCCGCCCAGGUCCGAUCUCAAGCCCAUCGAGAUCUCGCAACCGAGUGGGGUAUCCUUCAGGCUUGACGGCCACGCUCUCUCGUGGCACGAGUGGAGGUUGGUGGUGGGGUUCAAUGCGCGGGAGGCGCUGACCCUGCACGACCUGAGGUUUGGCGGCCGGCCGGUGGUCUACCGGGCGUCCCUGGCGGAGAUGGUGGUGCCGUACGGCAGCCCUCAGGGCAGCCACGCGCGGAAGAACGUGUUCGACGUGGGCGAGUACGGCGUGGGCAACCUGGUGAACGAGCUGGAGCUGGGCUGCGACUGCGUGGGGGCGAUCAGGUACCUGGACGCGUGGGUGAACGACAUGCAGGGCCGGCCCGUGCGCAAGGCCAACGCCAUCUGCAUCCACGAGGAGGACACCGGCCUGCUGUGGAAGCACUUUGACUUCCGCACCGGCCGCGUGGAGACGCGCCGCGGGCGGCGUCUGGUGCUCUCCUGCAUCGCCACCGUGGGCAACUACGACUACUGCCUGUACUGGUACCUCUACCUCGACGGGGCGCUCGAGUUCGAGGUCAAGGCGACGGGGAUAAUCAACACGGCCGCCUGCGAACCCGGCUCCGAGCAGAGGUACGGGACGGAAGUUGCCCCGGGCGUCCUGGGACACAUCCACCAGCACAUAUUUUGUGCGAGGCUGGACAUGGCGGUGGACGGGGAUUCGAAUUCCGUCGUUGAGUGCGACACCGUCGCCGAGGAGCCGAGCAUCACCAACCCGUUCGGCAACGCCUACUUCGUCGAGGAGCGGACGAUUGAGACGGAGUGCGGGCGGCGGCGGGCGCCCGACUCGGAACGCUACUGGAAGUUCGUGAGCGCGGAGCGGACCAACGCGAUGGGCGCCCCCACCGCCUACAAGCUCGAGCCGAGCAAGUGCGUGAACGUCUUCGUUCACCCGCGGUCCAGGUCCGGGGAGAGGAUGCCGUUCGUCAGAAACCAUCUGUGGGUGACGGCUUUCGACCCGGAUGAGAGGUACCCGGGGGGAGAGCACAUGCACCAAUCGGACGGCAGGGACGGCGUGCACGCCUUUGCGGCCAAGGAGAGGAGCGUGAGGGCUGCGGACGUCGUGGCGUGGCACGUGUUCGGGCUGCACCACCUGCCCAGGCUGGAGGACUGGCCGGUGCAGCCCGUGGCCUGCACGGGCUUCAGGCUGUCGCCCAGCGGCUUCUUCGACAGGAACCCCACGCUGGACCUGCCCGCGACGUGCAGCGCGUCCAGCCGCCGCGCCGACGCGGACGGGUGA